UCUCCUGCCUCCUGUAGUGAAGAAGCAGGAGGCCAAGAAAGUGGUCAAUCCCCUGUUUGAGAAAAGGCCUAAGAAAUUUGGCAUCGGACAGGACAUCCAGCCUGAAAGAGACCUCACCCACUUCAUGAAAUGGCCCUGCCAUAUCAGGUUGCAGUGGCAGAGAGCCACUCUCUAUAAGCAGCUUAAAUUGCCUCCUGAGAUUAAUCAGUUCACCGAGGCCCUGGACCGUCAAAUAGUACUCACUUAGCUUAAGCUGGCCCACAAGUACAGACCAGGGACAAAGCAAGAAAAGAAGCAGAGGCUGUUGGCCCAGGCAGAAAAGAAAGCUGCUGGCAAAGGGGACGUCCCCACUAAGAGACCACCUGUCCUUUGAGCAGAAGUUAAUGCUAUCACCACCUUGGUGGAGAACAAGAAAGCUCAGCUGGUGGUGAUUGCACACGACAUGGAUCCCACUGAGCUGGUUGUCUUCUUGCCUGCACUGUGUCAUAAAAUGGGGGUUCCUAACUGCAUUAUCAACGGGAAGGCAAGACUGGGACGUCUAGUUCACAGGAAGACCUGUACCACUGUCGCCUUCACACACGUUGACUCGGAAGACAAAGGCACUUUGGCUAAGCUGGUGGAAGCUGUCAGGACCAAUUACAAUGACAGAUACAAUGAGAUCUGCCAUCACUGGGGAGGCAACGUCCUGGGUUCCAAGUCUGUGGCUCGCAUCACCAGGCUCGGAAAGGCAAAGGCUAAAGAACUUGCCACUAAACUGGGUUAAAUGUACACUGUUGAGUUUUCUGUUCAUAAAAAUAAUUAAAAUAAUACAAAUUUUCCUUCAA